AUGGCUACACCAAACCCCCCGAAUAGGCCACCCGUAACAGGGGGGCCCGAUAUCGAGAAUGACCCGUUCAUUGCCGCGCCACACCAGCAGCCCCUGCGAUACUCGGGCUUCGAUUCCAAAUUGUUCGCCCUCGGUCCCGCGUCGUCACCUGGCCAGGCGAAACGUGCCCUGGAAGCCCAUCUCGCGGAGACCGAGCGUCGCAUGGCCGAGGCCGGUAAACUAGGUACCGCUCUCGUUCAACAACAAAAGGAACUUCGAGAUAGGCUCGCCGAGGUGGAGUCUAUGCAGACCGAGGGCCAACUGAGUACCGAUUUGCGAACAAAAUUGGCUGAGAUCGAGAGAGACUAUAACGAUGUUGCGAGACAGACGGCGAGAGCUUUUCUGCCGAAGCAGAGGGUGCCAAGUAAUGAGGCUGCCGCCGGCUCGCCAUAUGUUCCAGAGGGUAAAGGGGGUCGACGUUCUGUGAGCCCCUCCAAAUUCGAAAGUCAGGCCACUGGCUCCCCGACAAAAUUGAGCAUUCCGAAUCGCAAGCUCCGCAACCAACCCGCCAACCGCAUCCACGAUAUCGAAUUCGCGGCCGAGAUUAGUACCUCUCUUAUCGCCCAAGUUCGAAACCUCCAGGCCUUGCUCGCUGAGAAGGACGAAGAGCUUCGUGAUAUUGUAACCGAAAAGUCCAGGUUGGAGAUUGACACCGAGGGCCUGCAGCAGAGGCUCAAGGUCCUUGACGAAAGCGAACAUAAAUACAAGGAAGAAAACUGGAAUCUGGAGACUCAGAUCCAGGAGCUCUACGCGUCUCAAAAGGAAGCCGCAGAACGAGAGAAGCGCUUAACUCAAUCUCUCAAUGUUCUGCAGGCCGAGAAGACCAAGGCUCAAAGGGACCUCGACGAGGUCAAGUUAUCGCAUGCCAAGCUCACGGAGGAGCACGCCGCAUCCAUCAAGCAGCAUGAUAUCGAACUGGGAACGGCGAAGCGGAAUAUUGCGACUGCCGAGAGCGAGAGACUGACCAUGCAGCGCAAGCUUGACGAUCUUACGAGCCAAAACCAGGAGCUUGCAAGGGCAUUCUCUUCUCAACGUGCCAAGAUUGCGGAGCGUGAUGCCCUCUCUGGUUUGAGUGAGGAUGACUUCGAGACGGCCACUGACAACUUGACCCCCGAACACUCGCCUCCGCCCUCCCCCGUCAAGGGGACGCCGCGACACUCUGUCCUUGAAUCCGAAACGCUCAAGACAUCUCUUCAACAUGCUCAGCGCACGAUCCAGAGCCAACGCACUCAGCUCCACCGCGAAAAGACGGAAAAGCUCGAACUUAAGAGGAUGCUGCAGGACGCGCGUGACGAAGUCGAGAAACUUCGAGGCGAAGGCGGUGCCCCUACUAAUCGCCGAAGCAAGAAGAUGGACGUCAAGGACACGAAGAAGUACUCCAAGCUUCUUCUCGGAGGAGCCCGAUCCAGCAGGGAGGAGAUCUACAUCGACGACGAGUGGGAGGAGCAUCAAGGUGACUCUAGCCCGAGGCUCCCCGGCUCGCGUUCUCGGUCGCCCGGAACCCCCAGGUCCCCCUCUCGAGAUGCGGAGGCAACAGACCAUUUCGAGACUGCGAACGAGACUAGCGAUGCGGCGUUUGAGACGGCCAAUGAAAGGGGAACCGAAACCGAAGACUUCCAGACGGGCGCAGAAGAGUUCUCCGGCAGCGAUUCUGACGAAACUGAAACAGAGAGCCCCUCGCGGGGUGUUCGUCACCAGCGCUCAAAUAUUUCCAUGCCCAUCAGCUUCAAGAAGCACCCCAAUCGCGAGUCGUUCCACAGCACGGCAUCUACGUCUAAUGAUGAGGAGGAAAUUUUCGGCGACUCCCGGACCCCUACCUCGAUCCAACCGCCCCCAAGAAUGCGUCUGCGUGUUAGCCGUGGCUACCUGAGGCGCUCGCGACAGCCGAGUGAAGAGCCCGCUCUUCCCAGCUCCCCACCCAGCUUGGCCAACAGUAGCGCCAGCGGAACUCCACGACAAUCCGGCCAAAGCCUCUUUGCUGAGUUGGCGGACUUGGACGGUAGCGACGACGAGUCCUAUGGAGGCACGCCAAGCCGCAACCUGUUCGGUUCUUCUGAUUCUAUCUCGAGCAUUCCCCAACUUAGGCCAUUCCCGUCUAUGGUACGGUUGCCUAUGGUAGAUAGCGGAGUUAUGACUGAGCCGUCCAAGGUCGACGCUGAGGAGACCGUCGUGACGCCAACAGCCAUCCCCAAGUCAAUAAUGGUAGAUUCCGGAACAAUGACGGAGCAAAUUGAGCCUCCAAUUCUGUCCCCAGUCAGCGUUGUGCACUUGGAGCGACCGUCAUCGAGGGCCCUGGAUGUUGACCGACCUAUGAGCAUAGGAUCGGGCACCUUCCUGUCUCUUGACGAAGGAAUCGAUGCGGAUCGGUCUCGCCCUGUGUCUACGCUCUCCUAUAGCGAUUCCGGAGCCCAGUACGACCCCGAGAUUGGAGAGAAGCUUUCGAAAUUCCCUCUGCCUCCUUCAAUCGCGAAGAAGCCUCUGAUCCCCGUUCUUGGUCUUGCAUCCAUCGAGUCGCAAGAGGUUACACCCGUCACGGAACCAGAACCUCCGGUAGUGGUUCCCCCGCUCGGCCUCACCUCGAUCGAGACCCAAGAUAUUGCUCCUGUCGCCGAACCGAAACCACUACUCAGCCUUGUAUCCGUCGAAGCUCAAGAAGUGGCCCCUGUAGUGGAACCAGAACCACCCGUGGCGACACUCGCCUUAUCAUCCAUCCAUGCAGAGGAGUUGGAGCCGAAGGCCGAACCGGUUAUCGAGCCUUCUAUACCGACCCUCAGCAUCUCUGGCAUUCACUCGGCAGUCUUGGAUCCUAAGGCAGUGCCCGAGACUCUGCCGCCUGCACCUGAGCUGAGCGUUUCGAAAAUUCAAUCUCAGUCUCUUGAGCCGGAUAAUCGGCCUCUGGAUCUGUCAGUUGCGGAGGCUAUGGGCCUGGUUGCUGUUACCGCACGUGCUGUUGAGGAAGUUGCCCCUGCUCCUGAGCUAAGCAUGACAACGAUUAACUCGCAGGCUCUUGAGCCACGAGCCGAACCUGAAGUAGUUGUGCCUCCACAAGAGCUUUCACUGGCUCCGAUCAGCUCUCAGGAGCUCGAACCGGAGGCAGUGCCCGCACCAGUAUUGAGCCUCGCGUCGAUUCAAUCUGAGGCCGUUGAGCCCAAGGCCGAGCCUCAGGUCGUGCCCACGCUUACUCUGGCUGGCAUCAACUCGCAAGUACUUCAGCCUAGGGCUGAGCCUGAAGUCCUUCCCAAUUUGAGCAUGGUUAAUAUCAGCUCCCUCGAGGUCGAGCCUCGGGAGGAGCCCCGGAUCCUGCCGGUCUUGACCAUGACCAACAUCAACUCUCAAGAUCUGGAGCCCAAGGCUGAGCCUGAACCUCCCGCACCCACUCCAAUUCCGCUCGGUUUCUCCUCUGUUCGCUCCGAGCAUAUUCUGCCCGUUGCGGAACCCGUGCCCGAGCCGGUUGUGCUUACGACAUCCUCCAUUUUCUCCGAGUUUGUCGCCCCCAUUAGUCCCAAGCCUUCCGUUGAAGUCCUGCCCCAAUUCGGAUUUACCUCGAUUCAGUCCAUCGAGACACAACCUGUGUCGCCUCGUAGCCCCUGGAGAGAUGGUUUCAUCCUUCCCCGCGAUUCUGAUUCACCGUUUGAUGAGUUGCGACCGAGGGCUACAUUUGCGCGACCGUCCGUCCUGGGAUGGGACAAGGAACGUGGUUCGACGCCGCCUAUUAUUGCAGAGGAUGAGACCCGGCAAUCACCAUCACAAACUCCUCAGCCGGAAACACCCGAGUCUCAACGACCUCUCAAGGACAUGUCCACGAACUCCAAUUUCCGGAUUGUCAGGAAGCCGAAGGUUACCAUGUCGGAUUCCGGUGCCCAGACUUCUUUGACCUCUGAUGAGCUCGAUAGUAUUUUCCAGGCGAAGCAGGCUAGCGCCGGUUACGGCCACGCAAGACAAGAAUCUCUUGGUAGUAGCAUGGGAACGCCUGGUACCGUCCGGAUUCGCCGCGGCUCUACGGACAGCACUGGUAGCGUUAUCCGCUCGAGGGGUAGGCUCAUUGACGCUGCGAUUGAUCGACCGGGAAGCCCCGCCAGCGUCAGGUCGCCGACCACUGAGUUACCACCCUUGCCUGCGAACCAUAGGCAAGUUAUUGAGGCCGCCAGGUCUGGAUCCUCGGGUGGUGGACAAGGCGCAAGCGGCAGCAUGGGACCCCCACUAUGGCCGGCCUCUGCACUUCGGAACCGGCCGAGGACCCCGGCUACGUCCAAGCCAACUUCUCCUGUGCCCGGAUCUCCCACACCACGUGCUGUACGAGCGGGAUCGAUUACCGGUCAGGCAGAGGCCCAUCCUGCAGUCAAAUAUCACCGCAGCGGGCAGUCGUCUGUUACGUCCUUCGCGUCUGAGCUCGACAAUCGCUUCAAUAUGCAGACAUCCGGUGGUAUGGGCAUGGGAACGGGAUUCGGACCCAAUACCGAUCCCCGCAUGAUCCAAGCCAUUACACAGACCAUGAUUGGAGAAUACCUUUGGAAGUACACACGUAAGACUGGCCGUGGCGAGCUAUCAGAGAACCGGCAUCGACGAUACUUCUGGGUUCACCCCUACACUCGGACAUUGUACUGGAGUGAUCGCGAUCCGACCACUGCUGGCCGUACGGAGCUGAAGGCGAAGAGUGUUCCAAUUGAGGCUGUGAGGGUGGUCACUGAUGACAACCCCCUGCCACCGGGCUUGCAUAGGAAGAGUCUUGUGGUUCUCUCCCCUGGCAGGACUAUCAAGUUUACGUGCACGACUGGACAACGCCACGAAAUAUGGUUCAAUGCGCUUUCGUACCUUCUCCUCCGAACUGCAGACGAUGCACAGUCCGACACCGAAGAGAUGGCUGGACAUAUCACUCAAGAAGAUGUGGACGAGUUCAAUCCCCAAUAUGGUCAGCGCCGAGCAGCCGCUGGCACCAGUACUGCUCGACGAACAGCUCUUCCAUCUAUCUCCUCCUACAACUCAAGAGCCACCCGCACCGACACUUCUGCGAUUGAAGCGUCGCUGAACAUCCCAACUCUGACCCCGUCCAAAGCCAACCGAACGAACGAGCAGCGCCCUUACGGUACGCUGACCCGGCUGAGCGGAUACUUGAAAUCGGGCCAGGUGUUUAGCAGCAUCAGGAGCCGGCAUACCGUCGUCAGCCCGGACCUCUACGACACGAGCGAGGUUCACGAUAGCGCUGAAGACUUGCGGGCCAUUCUUGAGAGGCAGGAUAGGGAGUCGGAUCGGUUGGAGAACGUGAGGGCAUGCUGCGAUGGUAAGCACGAUGUCGGCACGCUUCCUCGGACUACCAAGCGUCAUCACCGAAGUGCACUCACCCACGCCCAUCCUGGAGCCUCCGUAGCAUCGACCCCUGCUAGCACUCUCAGAUCUCGAGCGUAA